GGCAGAAGGGCGGCUGCUCUGAGCUUUGCUCAGGCUUCUUGUCUUCCUCUGGGGUAAGUUACCACUGACUGACUAACGAAAAGACGGAGAUUUAGGUAAGAUGUUAGGCAGAAAUUCUUUACGUAGAGGGCAGUGAGGCCCUGGCGCGGACUUUCCAGUGAAGCGGUGGGUGCCCCAACCCUGGGGGCAUUCAGGGCCAGGCUGGAUGGGGCCCUGGGCAGCCUGAGCUGCUGGGUGGCAGCCCUACCCACGGCAGUGGUUGAGGCUGCGUAGGCUUUAAGAUCCCUUCUAACCCAAGCCAUUGUGUGAUUCUAUGAAAGAAGGCGAUACCGUCCUGUCACCAAGAGGACAAAAAGCAGUCGGGCUUUAUCAGGGCACGGUAACACACAGACUCUGUGAGGAACGCGGGUAACGGGAACCCAACAGGCUGCCUCCUCGGUGCCCCCUCCCGCGGUCGUGCGCGGGCGGGCUCGGCUCCCCCCGCCCCGGCGCACACAGGGGUUAACAGCAGCGCCGAGCCGCGCCGCCCCUCGCCCGGCGGCCCCUCUCCACACCGCCCGGCUCCGCCAGCGUCGCCGCGCACAUGGCCCCGCCGCGGUCCUCACUGUUUUGGGGUGCAUAUUGACCACGUGUUUGGAGCUGCUCUUGAAUGAUAGGAGAAAGGGACUGAAGCAGAAGGGUGGCUCUCAUCUCCUAAAACCAUCAGGAUGUCUCAGCAGGGGUAGACCUACCUGCUGCCUUGAGCUGCUGUCCUUUUUUUAACCUCGUGGAUAGAGUGAAGAGAAACAGCACUGUGUCCAGGAGGAACUGAACACUGAAACAGUGGAGGUACUGCUCACAAGCAGGUGGCCAGACCAUGGGUGACAUACAGAAGGCUCAACCUCAUCAGGAAAGGCCUGCGAGAGCUGACUUGCACCCAUUCACCUCCAGAAGGCCCACUACAGAUACCCUCUGGGACCCUGAUGAAAGACCAGACUGCAAGCAGGAGCUGGAGAUGGAAAAUGAGAUGAAGCUGUCUUUUGGAAAGAGGCAGGGAAAGGGAGCUCCCCGUGUGAUGGCAGUGUGGGAGUGCGAGGAUGGUGGUGGCACUCCCAUUGGCAAGGUGGUCCUUGCUGGGGACAGACCAGACCCUCCUGUAUGUGGGAAUGGCACCAUUUGGAUUCAGCAGGUGGGAGAGAAAACCUAUGAUUGUCCCGAAUGUGGGAAGAACUUCAGCCGGAGCUCGUAUCUCAGCCAGCACCAGAGGAUCCACCUGGCAGAGAAACCCUUCAGCUGCUCUGAAUGUGGGAAGAGUUUCACGCGCAACUCGGACCUGAUCAAACACCAGCGGAUCCACACAGGUGAGAAGCCCUACCAGUGCAAUGAGUGUGAGAAGACCUUCAGCCAGAGGUCCAAUGUGAUCAGGCACCAGCGGACCCACACGGGAGAGAGACACUACCAGUGCAAUGAGUGCGGGAAGAGCUUCAGCCAGAACUCGCAUCUCGUCGUCCAUCAGAGAAGCCACAGAGGUGAGAAACCAUUUCACUGCCCCCGCUGUGAGAAAAGCUUCAGCGACCGCUCCUCCCUGAUCAUACACCGGAGGGUCCACACUGGAGAGAAACCCCACAAGUGCCAGGUAUGUGGGAAACGCUUCCGGGACAGCUCAGCCAUCAUUCGGCAUCAGAGGAUCCACACAGGAGAGAAACCCUACGAAUGCACCGAAUGUGGGAAGACCUUCCGCCAGAGUUCCUCGCUGGUGACCCACAUGCGGACGCAUACGGGAGAGAAACCCUACAAGUGCCCCGUGUGCGGGAAGAGCUUCAGCCAGAGCUCGGCACUCACCACGCAUCGCCGCAUCCACAGGGGAAAGGUGUUGCCCCUGUACCACGGCAGCCUCUUGCCCAGCCCCUACCAGUGUGCUGAGUGCGGCAGGCGGUGCAGCGACCACCCCUCUCUCAUCAAGCACCAGACCACGCACGUGGAGGAGCGGCCCUACAUCUGCGUGGAGUGUGGGGACAGCUUCCGUCGGAGCUCAGCACUCAAUGUCCACUUGAGGAUCCACCGCGGGGAGAGGCCCUACAAAUGUGAGGAAUGUGAGAAAACCUUCCGGCACAGCUCAGCUUUGGGCGCACACUUGAGGAUCCAUGCGGGAUCCAAGCCCUACGAGUGCGGCGGUGAGCGGCCCGGGCCGGGCCAGCUUCCCGUUCCCCUACACGCCGUACCGCAUCCAGGAGCAGUUCAUGGCAGCGCUGUACGCUGCGCUGGAGGCCGGGCGGAUAGGGAUCUUCGAGAGCCCCACGGGCACGGGAAAGUCGCUGAGCCUCAUCUGCGGGGCCCUCUCCUGGCUCCAAGACUUUGAGAAGAAGAAGCAGGAGGAGGAGGCACGGCUUCUGGCUCCAGAGGGCAGCGGGCAGGAAGAGAAGCAGACCCUGGCCUCUGGUGGGCUGGCGUGCCCAAACAGCAGGGAUGCAUCUGGGGAACCGGACUGGGUCACAGCGUUUGUGCAGAAGAAAGAAGAGCAGGAUUUGGUGCACAGACUGAAGGAAGAGCAGAUCAGGAGGAAAAAACGAGAAGAACGUCUUGAGAAAAUCCGCCAUAAUGUACAGUUAAAAUAUGCAGCAAAGAGGAAGAGAUCUGAGGAGGAUGAGACAAAGCGCCUCCUUCAGCUCAGCAAGGAGAUUCUGUCAGAGGGAGCUGGAGCAGCUGUCCCAGAGCAGCUGGAUCACAACGAGGAGGAGCUGAUUCUUGCUGAAUAUGAGAGUGACGAGGAAAAGAAAGUGGCAUCUGGGCUGGAGGAAGAUGAUGAUGAUGACUUGGAAGAAGAGCAUGUGACGAAGAUUUACUACUGCAGCCGCACUCAUUCCCAGCUGUCUCAGUUUGUGCAUGAAGUGCAGAAAAGUCCUUUUGGCAAAGACACGCGUCUGGUCUCCUUGGGAUCCAGGCAGAACCUGUGUGUGAAUGAGGAGGUGCGCCGCUUGGGGGCUCUGCAGCUCAUCAAUGACCGCUGCACGGAGAUGCAAAAGAACAAACAUGAAAAGAAGAGCGAUGCAGAGGUCGAAGGGAAGAAGAGACGUGUGAGUCGCACUGUGUGCCCAUUUUAUUCCUAUGAGCAAAUGCAGUUUCUCCGCGAUGAAGUUCUAGUGGAAGUGAAGGAUAUUGAGCAGUUGGUGACUCUGGGAAAGGAGACCAAAGCCUGCCCCUAUUAUGGGAGUCGAUACGCCAUUCCUGCUGCUCAGCUGGUGGUGCUGCCCUACCAGAUGCUCUUGCAUGAGGCCACCAGGAGCGCUGCGGGGAUCAUUCUGAAGGACCAGGUUGUAAUCAUCGACGAGGCCCACAACCUCAUAGACACCAUCACCUGUAUCUAUAGCGCGGAGGUCAGUGGCUCUCAGCUGUGCUGUGCCCACUCCCAGCUGCUGCAGUACAUGGAGCGAUACAGGAAACGUUUGAAGGCAAAGAACUUGAUGUACAUUAAGCAGAUCCUGUAUUUGCUGGAGCGGUUUGUAGUCAUGCUGGGAGGGAAUGUGAACCAAAAUCCUAGCUGCCAGGUAGUUUCCCAAACAGGGACAGAGCUGAAAUCCAUCAAUGACUUCCUCUUUCAGAGCCAGAUUGACAAUAUCAACCUCUUCAAGGUGCAGCGUUACUGUGAGAAGAGCCUCAUCAGUAGGAAGCUUUUUGGAUUUGUGGAGCGAUAUGGCAAUCCUGCCCCAGUUGUGAAGACCAACAAGGAGAACCAGAAGCUGGCUGGUUUGCAGAACUUUCUUAUGACUCUCCAGCAGGGAUCUUAUAAGGAGGGCCCUCUCCAGAGCCCUCCCGUGGAGGCUGACAGUGACCAGCUCCGAGCUGCCUCUCCUCUGAUGCACAUCGAGGGAUUUCUCUCAGCCCUCACAAACGCAAAUGAAGAUGGUCGAGUCAUUCUCAAUAGGCAAGGCACUAUUGGUCAGAGCAGCCUCAAAUUCCUCUUGCUGAAUCCAGCUGUCCACUUUGCCAAGGUGGUGAAAGAAUGUCGUGCUGUAAUCAUUGCUGGGGGCACCAUGCAGCCGGUGGCUGAUUUCCGAGAGCAGCUGCUGUCCUAUGCUGGUGUGGAUCCUGCACGCAUCGUGGAGUUCUCUUGUGGACAUGUGAUUCCUCCAGAAAACAUUUUACCCAUAAUCCUCUGUAGUGGUCCUUCCAACCAGCAGCUGGAGUUCACCUACCAGACAAGAGACCUGCCCCAGAUGAUGGAUGAGACAGGCCGAAUCCUCUGCAACCUGUGCAAUGUGGUCCCAGGGGGUGUGGUGUGCUUCUUCCCCUCCUAUGACUAUGAGAAGCAGGUGUAUGCGCACUGGGAGAAAACAGGGCUGCUCACCCGCCUGGCAACUAAGAAGAAGAUCUUUCAGGAGCCUAAGAAAGCCAACCAGGUGGAGCAGGUGCUGGCGGAGUAUGCCAAGUGCAUAAAGCGGUGCAGCCAGGCUGGAGGCCAGAUGACGGGGGCUCUGCUGCUUUCUGUAGUUGGAGGCAAAAUGAGUGAAGGGAUCAACUUCUCGGAUGACCUGGGAAGGUGUGUGAUUAUGGUGGGAAUGCCUUACCCCAACAUUAAAUCUCCCGAGCUUCAAGAGAAAAUGACUUGGCUUGAUAAAACAAUGCCAAGAUCUGCUAGCCAGGCACCUAGCAGAGUGCUGAUUGAAAACCUGUGCAUGAAGGCAGUAAACCAGUCAAUAGGAAGAGCCAUUCGCCACCAGAAGGACUACGCAAGCAUCCUGCUCCUGGACCACAGGUAUGCACGCCCUGCCAUCCUUAACAAGCUGCCACAGUGGAUCAGGGAGAGAAUCCAGGUCAAGCCUGCCUUUGGAUCAGCUUUUGCAGAGUUAAGAAAGUUCCACCGAGGGAAAUCAGACUGACGCAGACCAGAGAAGCGGGCUGUCGGUCAACUCUGUGAUCCACACCUUUUGAAGAACACCCAAAGCAAUGCAGGUUCCUGUUUUUCUGUUCCAAGAAGUUUGUUAACCUCCUUUCUGCCCCCUUUGAUUGUCGUUCAGUAUGAGCACUUGGCCUUCACCACCACAGCCAGGAGGGAAAACGGUUGCAGGACCAACGCUGGUGAAGGUAGCAGGAGGCUCCUAUUUGUUUACAGCUGUUAAGGUUUUAUUUAAGUCUAUUAAAUAUUUUCAGCCCAGA